ACCUUGAACGAGAUUUGGAGGCCAUUUCUCGCGAGAUCUUCUCAUCGGUUGUUUGCUCUCCAGUAUGGCAGUCGUCGCGCUGAGGUCUUGUCGCAAAGGACUUUCGCGUUUUUUAAGCCAUGGAAACUUCGCCGCUUCAUCUGUCACACACUCGAAAGGAGACAGAAGACACAAGUCCACAGUCCAGUAUGCCACCAGGCCGGAUCUUCCUAAAUUGGCCUAUAGGAGGGUGAAGGGCAAAAGUCCUGGCGUGGUCUUCCUGCCUGGUUACGGGUCCAACAUGAAUGGUCAGAAAGCUGAAGCGCUGGAAGAAUUCUGCCGGUCACUCGGACACUCUUACCUCAGGUUCGACUACACUGGACACGGGCUCUCAGAAGGGGUCCUAGCAGAGGGGACCAUCGGCACGUGGAAAAAAGAUGUCCUUUUUAUGAUGGAUGAAUAUGCAGAGGGCCCACAGAUACUUGUGGGCUCCAGUAUCGGAGGAUGGCUCAUGCUGCUGGCUGCCAUCGCGCGCCCGGAGAAAACGGCUGCCCUGGUGGGCAUCUCCACUGCCGCUGACCACAUUGUCACCUCGUUCAACUCUCUUCCACUGGAGACAAAGAUGCAGUUGCAGGAGAAAGGCGAGUGGACGCUACCGACCAAGCACUCUGAGGAGGGCUUUUACAAUUUCAGCAUGGACUUCCUGCACGAGGCCGAGAACCACUGCGUGCUGCACAGUCCUCUCCCGGUCACGUGCCCCGUGCGCCUCAUCCACGGCCUGAAAGACGAGGACGUGCCGUGGCACAUCUCCAUGCAGGUGGCCGACCGCGUGCUGAGCGCUGAUGUGGACAUCAUACUGCGGCGGCACGGCCAGCACCGCAUGUCGGAGAAGGACGACAUCAAACUCAUGGUCUACACCAUCGACGACCUCAUAGACAAGUUGACCACCUUGGUGUGAUUACAAGGUACCGGGGCGCCGUCGAAAGACUGUUUACUACCAAACAAGGCAAGUUGCUUCUGCCAAAAAUGACCUUCAGCAUCUUUGUGUUUUGUUUGCAUAUAAGUUGUGUUUCAGUACUAGACGGGUCACUUACUUCUACUGUUGCUUCUCCUCCUCCUUCCGUUAUAAUGACACAAGUCUAUAGAGUUCCUGUGCCUUUUCUUAAAAUCACAUUUCACCCUUGUGGGCCCAAUAAAAUCUCUGCACACUGUCA